AUUUCUCUCUCCCCUUCGAUUCCUCUCGCUGCUAUAAAUCACCUCUGAAGUUCUAUGUUCCAAACCAACUCAAGUCCCGGCUUCAGAAACCCCUCUGCCUCUUGGGUUCGUCAGAAAUUAUGGAGGUGGAGGCAGAGAUUGAUCGCUUGCCGAUUGAUCUCUUGGCUCAUAUUUUCGCAAUGAUGACUUCCUUCACCGAUUUGGCGCAGGCGAGUAGUGUGUGCCGGAAAUGGAAACAGGGGGUGAAGCAGUCGUUGGCGAGAAGGGAGACUUUGAGCUUCGCCGGUUGGAAGAUGGAUGAUGAUUCCACCGCCCGUCUCGUCCGCCAUGCUUACAGCCUCAAAGAACUUGACAUUUCAAGGAGCCGUUGGGGUUGCCAAAUAACUGAUGAUGGACUUUAUAAAAUAUCUCUAGCUAAGUGUGUGGGCAACUUGACAUCAAUAUCCUUGUGGGGCAUGACAGGGAUCACAGACAAAGGUGUUGUUCAAUUGAUUUCGAGAGCUAAUUCCUUGCAACACCUGAAUGUUGGGGGUACAUUUAUCACUGAUGAAUCAUUACAAGCCAUUGCAGAUAGCUGUCCACUUCUAAAGAGUAUUUUCCUUUGGAGCUGCCGUCAUGUUACUGAAAGCGGGCUUCUUAUUCUUGUAAGUAAAUGUCACAAACUGGAGUCGAUCAAUGUAUGGGGAAUAAGAGUUCCUCUAGACUGCUUCAUUAGUCUGCUUACGAUUAGUCCUGCCCUCCAAAUAAAACCCAGAGGACUGCCCAUGAACAUUGGAAGCACUUCUAUGCUGCCUGUUGUAUAGGCCGCUGAUUCUUCUUUGCCCAAAAAAGUUAUUGUAUACAAUCAUCAUAGAUUUCUUUUUAUCAUUUAAUAAACUUAAAGGGAAGGUGUUUCCUUCAAAUUUAUGAUCUAAAAGACAAAAGCUGCGUAAAGAAGUAUAUUGCAUACCUUAACUACUUGGGAAAUUUCCAGGUCUCUCUUGGGUCUUGGCCUCCAUCUAUCUAAGACUCCAGCACAACCAUUUUUUUCUUCAUCAGAAGAAUCUUUACUUCUUUUAAAAUGAGAUCAGUAACUCUUAAAGGUGCAAGUACUAACCAUCUAUUGUGGACGAUAAUACUUUGUAACUGACCAUCCCUUAAUCUUUUA